AUGAGCUUGUAUUCGGUGACGGCCCUGUUGAUUUUGGAUCACACAGGUAAACGGAUCUUUGCCAAGUAUUAUUCUCCACCACACGAUACCGAAGUGCCCAAGCUCACUUUGGCGGAGCAGCUCAAAUUCGAGAAGGGCUUGUUUGAGAAAACCAGCCGGCAAAACAACGACAUUCUCAUUUACGACAAUGAACUCGUCGUUUACAAGGCUUUGAUGGGCCCGAAAAUUUACAUGGUUUGCCCACCGGAAGAAAACGAGGCUAUGAUGUUCCAGGCUCUCAUGGGUAUUCGCGAUGCCCUUGACGUAUUGCUGGAGUCUCAGACUGACCGCGACGCGCUAAUGGCUAAUUACGAUAGGGUCACCAUUACUAUUGAUGAAAGCAUUGACAACGGUAUUUUGUUAGAGUCUGAGUUCAACGUCAUCUCGUCCCGUGUCACUCAGGAGGCCAACGAAGAGCCAUCGCUACAGAACAUCGACUUUACCGAAAAGGGUCUUAGAUCAAUGUUUGGAUUUGCUCGUGAAAAACUCAGCCAGGUGGUCAAGCAACAACUUACUUGA